CUGACGGACUGUCCGCUGCAGACAAACCGAGCGCACCUUCACCUCUGCGCAUUUUCUCUUUCUGCUCCAGAAACCCGCAGCUGAUCCGGAUCCAUCCUGUACAGCACAGACCGGACCAAGCCGAGCCGAGCCGAGCCGAGCCGGACCAGCACAGACCAGACCAGAUCCAACCCGAGCCACAGACAGACGGACAGACAGACAGACGGGCUGCUCCUCCUCCUCCUGCAGAGCCGGACUCAUCCUCCUCCCGAGGAGAUGCUGUGUGUUCGUCUGUGACGUGUGCAGGGACUCGAACCUGUGACGGGGAUCCAACAUGGCUGCGUUAACAGUGUGUGUGCUGAGCGUCCUGCUGCUGCCUGCCGUCAGCGGUCUGCAGUCGGAGGACAGAGAGUGCGCCUUCGCAGACCAGGGGGUGGAGCCUCACAGCGGGCCAACCAAUGAGCUACGAGGAGUGGUGCAAGACAACGGCACAGUGCGCUGCAUCCGUGGCUCCCGCUGCUAUGGACUAUGGGAAAAGAAACCAGACGGGGAAAUACAGCUGGUCAAGCAAGGCUGCUGGACUCACAUUGGCAACCAGCAGGAGUGUAAUGGCGACCGUUGCCUGGUAAUAGCGACACCAUCUCUGAUCCAGAAGGGCUCCUACAGGUUCUGCUGCUGCAACCGGGACCUCUGCAACGCCAACUUCACAGAGGCCCCGCCCACCGCAGACACCCCUGCCCUCAGGCUGAUAAAGACGGAUGGACGGGAUGACAGCCAGACAGACCGCCAGCCGCUGCGUAGGGAGGAGACGGUGCUCAUCGCCCUGGUAACCGUUGCCAUAGCAGCCAUCUUCAUUGUGGCAUUGUUCCUGGUAUACCGCAUGAUGAAAGGAAAACAGAAACUGAGUCUGUCAGCUCUGGAUGUGAUGGAGGCUGCAAACAGCGACGCUGCUGUCGACCUGGAUCACCUCAAACUACUGGAGCUGAUUGGUCGGGGCCGUUAUGGCACGGUGUUUCGUGGCUGUCUGAACGAGCGCUGCGUGGCUGUCAAACUCUUCACCUCAGCCAACCGGCAGAACUACGCCAACGAGCGCUCCAUCUACUGCCUGCCGCUGCUGCAGCACCACGACAACAUCGCCCGCUUCCUGACCGCCGACGACGAGAGGACGACGAGCGACGGGCGACCCGAGUUCCUGAUCAUCAUGGAGUUCUACCCGCAUGGCUGUCUGUCCCGUUACCUGUCUGUCCACACAGUGGACUGGUCCACCUGCUGCAGGAUGAUCCCUAGCGCAGCAGCAGUCAGACUGUCUGUCCUCUGUGUCCUCUCACACAUCCCUGUCCUCUGCCUCUCAGAUCAGUAUAAACCAGCUGUGGCCCACAGAGACGUGACCAGCAGGAACGUCCUGGUGCGAGCCGAUCUGUCCUGCGUCCUCGCCGACUUCGGUCUGUCCAUGAGGUUGACGGGAAGCCGGCCCUGUCGCCCCGGAGACGAUGACACCAUGGCCAUAUCUGAGGUGGGGACGGUGCGCUACAUGGCACCAGAGGUUCUGGGCGGAGCUCUGAACUUGAGGGACUGUGAGUCGGCUCUGAAGCAGGUGGAUGUUUACGCUCUGGGGCUGCUCUACUGGGAGAGCUUCAGGAGGUGCUCUCACCUGUUCCCAGGUGAGGCGGUCCCUGAAUACCAGCUGGCGUUUCAGGCUGAACUCGGGAAUCACCCGACCUUUGAGGAGAUGCAGAUCCUCGUCGCCAGAGAGAAAUUCAGACCCAGAUUCCCUGAAGCCUGGAAGGAGAACAGCCUGGCAUUGCGUUCACUGAAGGAGACGAUGGAGGAUUGUUGGGAUCAGGACGCUGAAGCUCGACUCACUGCUCAGUGUGCAGAGGAGAGACUGUGUGAACUCACACUGCUGGGAACACACACCGCAGUACAGAACCACAGGAAUCUGUCUCAGGUGGGCUGGCCUCCUCAGGUUGGCUCCGCCUCCUCCUACAUUGAGGAUAUGCAGGUGGGCGUGGUCAAGAAUCUCCAGGGAGAUGGCCACCCAGCGUUGGUCAUCAAGACAACCACGAGUGGAGCCGACGGCACCGAGAAGAAUAGAAACUCCAUCAACUACGAAUGGCAGCAGGCACAGGCUCGCUCAUCCAGCUCAGACAGCUCCGCCCUGACGCCAGCCUCCACCCUCUGCGCCAUCUCUGAGUCACAGUGUGGUGCUAUGUCCAGUGUCCCCGUCUGCCUGCAGCUGACUGAAGAAGACCUGGAGGCCAACAAACUCGAUCCCAAAGAGGUCGAUAAGAACUUGAGGGACAGUUCUGAUGAAAACUUGAUGGAACAUUCUCAGAAACAGUUUGGAUCAACAGAACCACAAACUACCAACCUGCUGUACCAUCAGAUACGGCAAACUGCUGAGGUGAACAACUCUGCAUUGGCAAUUCAGGGUGAACUGGGAGGUGUCGGUGAGGUUGAUAUCCCUUCCUCCUCUUCCACCUACCCCCUUCCCAAACAGCAGAACCUGCCCCAGAGGCCCACCAGCCUCCACCUCCUCACCAAAACCACCUCGACCGCUUCUCGACUCAGACUAGGAAAGCUCAAGUCAAACCACAGACAGGUGGAAACAGGUGUUGCUAAGAUGAACACGGUGACAGUCGCCACAGCUGUAGAGCCCCACGCAGUAACCACGGUGACUAACAACACCAGCACAAGAGGCAGCGGCGCAGCGGCAGGCAGAGCCCAUUCGACAGCGGUGGUCGCUAACAGCUACAGUGCAGGUGUCCCCACACUGGUGACGAAUGGUCUGAUCGGAGGAGGUCGAACCAAUCCGGCAGGGCCACAGCUGGAGGAGGAGGACAAGAUGGAGGGGGAGCUGAUGGGAAGAGAGGACAAUCGUAUGAACCUGCUCAACUCCAGUCCUGAUGAACAUGAACCACUGCUGAGAAGAGAACAGCCACCCGCUGAGAGCGAACCCCUUUCUCACCUGAUUCAUCAUCAGUCACGAGCCGGAAGCAUCAUGCCGGGACGAGGCUCAAACUCCAACAACAACAACAAUAGGACAGCACUGGGAUCAAACCUAAAGAUCCAGAAUUUAGAGUGUGGCCUGGAACGGAUGAUUGGUUCAGAGGUCAGUCAGGGGCGGGGCAUCAGCAGUCCCAAACCUGAGCCACAUCCAGUAAGUCAGCAGUUGAGUGGAUCUGCCGCCACAGCUCCAGUGUCAAAUCUUGAAAAUAAAAUUCUGCUUUCUGGUCCAGCAGAACGGGCUCCAUCUGACCAUAAACCAACACCACAGGCCCCUCCCACUGACUUAGGUGUAGGCCCAUGUGUUCAGAGAGUGCUGACCCCUGGAUCCAGAGGCCUAGAGGAUCAUCUGAUCCACUCCACUGCCACUGCACAGCUACCAGGAAGUGGACCACCGGAUUCAGGCUCACUAAAUGAUCCAGUGCUGGUCCCAGAGGCCCCAGGACCCCCAGCUUCACAAGCACAGGACCAAUUCACCUCGGCCUCAUCUUCAAAACCCCUAGAUUUUCAUGCCCUUAUCCCCCAUUCAGAAAUUCAAGCCCUAAAAGUUCCAGCCUCAGAUCCAGAAGCUCCAGUCCUCAAAGGUCCAGUGAAUCCAAAAGCUUCACCUUCAGAGGUUCCAGCCUCAGACCAUCCAGCUCCAGAAACUCAAAAUUCAGAAUCCACUGCUCCUGCAGAAGUGUCAGCUCCAGAACCUACAGCUCUACAGAGUUUAGCCUUAGAUCCACAAACUCCAGCUCUGGAACCGGCCAGAGCCAAGAGGCGUGAGCGUCCUUGUUCCCUGGACCUGUCUUCACCCUGCAUCUCAUCAGAUGAUGUUUCUCUGACAGAUAAUGGCAGUCUGAGCGCUUCAGGAGAGAAAAUAAAACGUCGUGUUAAGACUCCGUACACUCUGAAAAAAUGGCGUCCAGCCUCGUGGGUUGUUUCCACGGAUACGGCUCUUGACCCAGACUUUCAGCUCAACACCAGUGGUAGUAGCAGCAGCCAGACCCAGUUCUCUUGCCUUCACAGAGCAGGAAGCAUUGGCAUCCCUAAGAUCAAUCAGUCGAAAUCCAGCAUGGCUGUGUUUUGGGUUGGAGGUGGAGCCACAGCGACCACAACAUCUGAGCCUAAUGGAAUGACCUGCUUCUAAAGGGUUUUUUUGUUGUUUUUUUAAGGAGAGCAGAUUCAUUUUUCCCUACUUUGUCUUCCUUCUAUUUUGUUGUGGAAAAUUGAGAUCACUGACUGUCGCACUGUUCAGGCUCCCCAGCACUGACCUGAGGCACAGAAAUUGGCCCACUGUAAGAGGCUCCCAGGUCACCAUGUUGAUUUGUUGAAGUUUUUUGACAAAGUCACAGGAUGUGGCAUGAAACAGCUUAUAGGACUGUUAAAAAAAUUACAUAUCAGUGAGCUGGUGUCUGGAUUUCUUGUUGUAUCUACAUUUUCUUGACUCAGUUGGACACUUUCUAAAGGAUUGCGUCGGAGUGGGUCAGUCCUGUGACCAUCUGUCCUUCGACUUUGACCCUGCCUGUGUAGUGCAAAUGCCCAUCUUUAAAUUACAUUGUGAAUGAAUGUGAGGGGAUUCCCUGACUUCUAGAUGGUUGGUUCAAGUUGCAGCUAGUCUUGUGGCAAGUUCAGCUAUUUAUAGGUAUGGCUUUGAGCUCCCACUGUGACUCAUGUUGGACAGUGGAGGACAGAUGUGUCAUUGAUCCUAUCUGAUGACUAAAAUUGACCAAGAGAUUCUCAGUCCUGUUGCUGGUGAGGUGAGGGAACUCCCUUAGUUGUUGAUGAUUGGUCUCUAGAUGCAACUAGUCUUGUGGGUAGUGUAGUUGUUUAUAGGUAUGGUCCUGACCCCACCAGGGUACAAGGAGCCCAAAGAUCUCAGUUGAAGGUUAGGUGAAGGAAGUUUCUUUCUGGUAAACAUUUGGGCUACUACUACUACUACUGACUCUUGUGGCCAAUGGUGGCCAGGUGUGUUGUUGAUCCGAUCUGAGACCUAAAAUUGCCCCAAGACCUUCAGAAUCCUGUCACUGGUACAGUUAGGGGAAUUCCUUGCUUCUAGAUGAUUAGCUUUUGUUGGGACCAGCCUUGUGGUUGAUGGGUGUGGUCAGUUGUUAGUGGGUGUGAUCUUGAUCCUGUCUGAGGGCUUGGUUGUGAUGUUAAGGGAGCACCUUUCUGGUAGAUAUUUGUGUUUCUGCUAUGAUUCAGCUUUUGGCCAGUGGAAUUAUCUAGUCAGUGUGACCAGAGAGGACUGGGGUCAGUAGUCAUAUGUUUUUAAAGCACUUUAAACAAAGUUAGCAUUGUUUAGGGAACUAACAAACCAUAUUGGAUACCUCGUGCAAUUACAAUAGUAAAAGCGACAUUUAUUUAAGAAGUUCUUCUCUUGCGUUUCUUGUGUCUUUAUACUGUGUUUAGAUGAUUUGCUUUAAACCUUUACUCUAGCUAUGCAGUCAGCUCAUGAUCCCUUCACCUGUGUUUGGCUCAGAUUAAUCAAUGUUACUGUUGGGGAAUCUUUGUUCUUCUAAUUUGCACUUUCUUUUAUCAAGUAGUUUAAACUGCCUUGUGAGGUCAGCUCUGACCGCCAUGUUAGAGCUGGAAGAGGAGAGUAAGUGGAAAAGAAAAAGAGACAAAAUCUGAAGAAAGAAAACAGAGAGAUAAGCUUUGUUCCAUCAACCUUGUCACCUGUGUCAGCCACGUACAAUCUCCUCAGGUAACUUUGCAAUGCUGAUCUAGGCUGAAACGCUUUCCAUUUUCUUUUUCUUUUUUAAAAUAUAUUUAAAGACGAGCAUAAGAUGAAAAGGGAUGAGAGGAAAAUCUGUCUGACGAUUGACAGAGUUGAUCCAACAAACAAAAUACGCCUUUGAACAACUCCAAAGCUGUCUUUUCUACAUGUUGUAUCAUGUUCGUCACCAACCAUCCAAAGUCUGUUGGAUUAUUGAAUUUAGGACGGAGAUCAAUCCUACAGUGAGUUACCAGUUUAGUAAGAACACUGGUGCACUGGUCUCAGUACGCUUCAGACUAAAAGCUGUUUCUCACCAAUGCAGUGAUGCUGAAAACCCACUUGUGAAUUUCCUGCAGGACAGCUAUGCACAUCAGCUCAAGUUUAAUUUAGACUGAGCACCUAGAAUUGCUAUGACCUGAAUAACUGAGAAUCUUCAUGGGAGUUGGAAAGAACUUCCACCCUGCAACUCCCCACCAUUCAGUCAGAACCGAAUAAGCCUCUUGGAUGAAAGGUAAAAUGUCUUCAAGAAACUCAGGCAAGUUUAGAUACCACGAUUUAUCACCUAGAAGGUUAAGAUCGAGUUAUCUGCGUUGCUGUGCCAUUUUCCUCUAAAUGAUUUUCCUCCCAAAUAGUGCCCAUGUCGACUCCUCACAACACUUACCUAACCAGAGUGACAAUUGUUCUAAGGGGUUAAUUUUAACAACAAAUUGGACCCCAAAUUUGAAGCUAAUGUUAGCUGUUGUGGCUAGCCUUGCUUCCUGAUGGAGAUAUAACAUCAACAUGUGCACAUCAGCUACAUUAGCAUUGUCAUUGUAUCCCCAGUCGACCAGAUUGAUAAAACAAUCUCCCCAUAUUGGGCAUGAGUGAGCUGUGACCUGGGGGUUAAUUUGUUUUAGCUAAGCAUUGGCCCGCCUUACUCUGCCUCUGAUUGGCAUACCCUGACAUUUUUGACCUAACCCUAACCAAUCCCACUCCUCUUGCCUGAACAUAACCAAUCUAACCAAUGAACAUAACAAGAACCAAGAGAGUAGGGCGGGUCCUUAGCCAUCCAAAGAGUUGCACAUUUGUGAAAUGGAGGUAUGACAUCAGUUAAAAAGAGAGAUGUCAUCGGUCAAACAUAUUUUUCAGCAUAUGGAAAUCCACUAAAAUUGGGUUCAGUCUGAAUAUUUUCCCAAUGCACACAUGUUCUGCAGAUGCGUUCAAGCAUUCCCAACCUACGAAAUCAGUUUUUAUUUUUGCAAAUUUUUGGACAAAGAUUUGUGCUUGGUUUGAAAUGGCAUUAAAUCAUCCAACAGUGUCUGAAAGUUGGUUUGAAAGUGACUUAAUUAAAGACUAUCUUGUUCAGACCUCCCUGUAAACCUGCGGACGACUUCUCACGAGCCCUCGAAAGCAGUAGUUACCACAAGUUGACACCAGGGGUCGCCAAUGUGCACAAUUGUUUCACUUAAUUCAUCUCAUAAAUAUUUAUCCACAGCACUUUAUUAUAGUGUAACUGCAGUGUAAACUGGCCCGACCUGCUCGCUAUCUACCAGAUGUUUUAGAUGCUAAACAUGUACUUUUAAUUUCAUUAAAUUGAAACAUGAUGGUCUGUGUGAGUCAGGAGGUCUGAAAAUCAUAUUGGUGAAGUUUAUACUUUUAUGUUGUUAUUGAAAAAAGUAUAUGCAUUUAGUAGUAGUUGUAGUGGAACAUUUUAAAAUGUAGGAUUUUUUUAAUGGAGUUUGGUGAGACAUUUUUAACAGGAGAAGUUUGAGAUACUAACUUGGACUGAAUUAUGAGUCAAUCCAUUUUCUGCUUUUUUAUAUUUAUGUUUUGUUGUUACAAAGUCACUGUCAAUCCAUAGUAAAAGUUUUUUUUUGAAUGGCUGAUUUUAUAAAUGCAAAGUUAUAAUCUUUAAGAUAUGUAUGCGACACACCUGUAACUACAGUAAAAUAAGUUCACUUACUGGUAUUAACAUUGAGAAAGCAUUACACACUUUUUAUAUUAUUGUCCUUAAUUUUAGAUUGGUUUUAACACACACAAAAUUAAAAUUGUAUUUCUCUCUUCACCCACACACAACUGUCAGCAAAUAUGAUCACACCGUUGUUAUUUUCCUUUAAUAACAUUUUCAAAUGCCUUCUUAAUGUAUUUCUGUUUUGUUAUCUUUGUAUUUUCUACUGUUUGUACCGUUUUUAGAUAUUCUAAUAUGUAAAUAUGGAUGACAGUUAUUUGUUUUAAAUGUAAAUUUGUGAAGGCAGAUCAGUGUGACCCAGUCGAGAGCUAACUGAACCAGGACUAACUAACUGGUUUUGGAUGCAAACUCUUCAAACAGAAGGCUGUAAAGGCCACAGUGCUAACUGCUCUCUGGAACAAGGGAUAACCUCUGUGAAUUUAGCCAUUGUUAUUUGAUAGCUCUGGUUUAGCUAGUCCUAGCAGAGCUAUUCCUGGUUUAACUCGCUCUGAUUUAGCUAACUAACUGUGAUUAGCCCUGGUUUAGCUAACUCUUGUUAAGUUAGUUGUGGUUUAGCUAGCUCUGCUCUGGAAGCUUCGGGUAUGUUCAGAACGAGUACGAAACACAUUUUCACUUGCUACCUAACUAGCAACGUAUGCAACAAGCGUGUUUGUGGUCAGCUUGAAUCUACGGAUUUGUUUGGAAAUAUUCGCUCCAACAAACUGUUGGAAUGUACCUAUAGGCUUGGGCGAUACAUUUCAUACCUUCACACCUCAACCAAUUUUGACAAAUAGAAUCCCACAAAGUGUUGCGACAAGUAAUGUUCUAACACCUAAUUUCCUUAUUAAACAGAAAAAAAAAAUUGCCCACCUUUUGAAUUCAACUUUCUCCUCUCGGUCACUGAAGACUGUCAAAACGUAAUAACCUUGUUAACUAAAAGUUGAAUUGAAGACUUCAGAAAAGACACUACAUUAAAACUCAAUAGAAACAAAAAAGAACUCAGUCAAACCAUCUCGGUUCCUCUUGUUAAAAAUCUAGUUACUAAGUCCACACUAAUCAGCAGCUCCGGUUUGGUUCAAAUAAAUCCUUACUUCACCAAGUAAGAGGUUAUAAACAUGCUGUUAUUCUCCACCGUCUUUCUCUGCCUGCUGGCCUCCGGUUGUUUACAGUCCUAUAACUUCUCCCUCCACCACUAGGUCACUGUGUCUUUCAGCUCAGCUGCGUUUUCCACCAGUAGAUACUGGAGACUGAGCUCUGAUGGUGCGUGCUGUGUACUACAUACAGUGAGUUUAAUAGAAUUGGGAGCCUCUGGAUUUAUAAUUUAAUUGAAAAAAUAAACCUCCAGGAUAUCCUGGUAUACUGUAAUACUUCGCAAGCCUAAACGUUCUGUUAUUCAGAGCAUCACACUCUCGGAGCAGCAGAAUGUACUCGGAUUACACGCUCCGUUUCUUCGAACGACAGCGCUCUCAUUUCAGUGUUGAGGAUCAGAUUGGAUUCAUGACUCAGCAUGAUCUCCAGCCUUUUUGUUUUAUUUAUGUACAGCCACUUUUAUUUUUGCUUUGACUAAAUAUAAAAUCACAUCACUUCUAAAAUGUGUGUCAUCUGAAGUCUGAAAACACGUUUAGCCUACCGCUAACGGUUAACCUCUUGCUAACGGGUAACCAUCCCACUAGCGGUUAGCCUACUGCUAACGGUUUGGAGUGAAAAGGGCCAACAUCAGUUCUUCACUUUUACCUUGGAAAUGUGCCAGAAAGCGUUGAAUCUGGCGGGUUAUCCCUUUAAAGGUCAUUUACUGUAGUUUCUAGUCAUAUAGUUAUCGCAGUGUUUUAAGAAAAGGAUCUACAUCUGUAUUUCUGCAUUUAGGAUGAACAGAAUAAACCACGUUUAGCUCCUGCAUGAAACAUCACACCACCGAAAUGCUAUUUAUAUGAUUUCUGUUUUCUAAUAUCCAAAUGUUUUAUUAAUAUUUCAGACAGUGCAGAUGCAGUAACGAUGCAGGACGAGUUUCUGCCACGGCUAACAGUGUAUAUAGUACAUUUAAAAACAUCAGAUUUCCCUGCUGUGUCCUCUGGGGAGGUUUGAAUUUCAUGUCUGUUGUUAUUAUCAUGUGUAUUUCUUAUUUGUGUGUAUGAGAGUAUGGACUUUGCAGUAGUGUAAAUACUCUGUACACAUCAUUACACACCGUGUACUCUCAUAUAGGACCAAGAACCACCGGACUGUCGUAUUCUCACAAUCCUCCGACUGUUUCACAGAAGCACGUUGUAAAGUCCUUCAUGGUUCAUGCUGAGAUUCCUCCCAACACGGUGUAAAUCCAAUAACUCGAUCAUGAAUAUUAUCAUGAAAAUGAUUCAUCAUGAAUAAAGUGCAGAGGAUCAAAGAGUCA